UACUUGUUGAAGGUGUGAAAUAUUAGUGAAACAAGUCCAGCUCUAAAAAACAAUAAUAAGUGCAGUGAAGUUACCAUUAAUUGCUAGUUACAUAAUUAAGGGAUCGGACAAUGGCCUCAAAGGGAGGAAAAUACAAUAAACCGUCGUGGAGAAGCCAAUAUAGUGAGCACGACUUUCGUGGCGGCAACGACACCCGCAAAGUGAGUUUCAAGUCAAACAAGUAUAAAAAAGACAAUAGGAAUUGGGCAGCAGCGGGUAGAGCUUACCUGGAAGAUGAAGAUAUCGACAUGGGGGGCUCGUCCGGGGGUGGGCGAAAUUUUAAUAGGAAACAAUUCAAAGGUCGACGGGGCGCUCGUGGAGACUCCCCGGCACCUAAUCACAAGAAGCGGCGGCUUUUGGAGGGCCCUAUGAGCUGGUUUCGUGUGACGUUGCCUUUUGGGAAUAAAUACGAGAAAUCGUUUAUUUUGAAGACGCUGCUUGAGAAGAUUCAACCUUUGCCCUUAUGGCCAAUUACGUGGAGUGUAAACGGGACAACUGCGACUUUUUAUGUGGACGAAUUUAAAGUAGCGGAAAAGUUACACGAUUUAGAUCGCCAGAUUCAAAUGCCUGACGGAUUUAGGUUGCUGAUUAAAGUCAGUAAUGGGAUUCCAAAUGUUGACGUAAAUAGUCAGAUGAAAGAGAAAAUUAAAUUAACGAUGGCGAAACGGUACAAUGCCGCUAAUAAAGCUUUAGAUUUAACGAAAUUCCACGCCGAUCCUGACUUACAAGAUUGUUUUUGUGCACUCUUUAAACCAAUCGUUUUCAUAACCGUUUUGGAAAUAAUCGCGGAAAAUAUUCCAGAAAUUGAGGCGAUAAAUUUAUUUGAUAACAAAAUAGCAAACUUGUCAUAUUUAAAGAAGACUAAUGAGAAACUGCCUCAUUUAAAAAUCUUACAUGUAGGAAAUAAUAAGUUUAAGGAUCUCUCAAUGUUGGACCCUUUUAUUGGACUACCUAUCAUCGAUAUUGUUUUAAAUGGAAAUCCAUUGUGCAACAAAUACAAAGACCAAGAGGCGUACAUUGGUGAAGUCCGCAAACGCUUCCCCAAAGUAAUGAAAUUGGACGGAAUCGAUCUACCCCCACCAAUAAGUUUCGACAUACAGGAAGAAACCCAUUUACCAACAAUCCAACAAACAUUUUUAUGUAAUCAAGAAGGCGAAUCAAUAGUUCGACAAUUCCUGGAACAGUAUUUUCUAAUUUUCGAUUCGGAAAAUCGACAACCUUUAUUACAAGCAUAUCACGAGAGUGCCCUCUUUUCAAUGACCAUGUCGUAUCCAUAUGGGCAAAGAGACAAAAAUGCCAGUUGGCUUAAUUGGUACACUACCGAUAACAGAAAUCUGCAAAAGGUUCAAGACCCAGAUAGGAGACAUAAAUUACUGAAACAAGGCCAAGUCGCUGUUGUUUCAUUUUUACAAGAAAUGCCGCGAAGUAAACACGAUAUUCAUAGUUUCACGGUUGAUCUUGUUGUUUUCACGCCACAAAUGAUCGUUUUGACGGUUACCGGAAUGUUCAAAGAACUGAAAAGUGGACACAAAGUGCCUCCGACCCGAGCUUUUUUCAGGACACUCGUUAUAGUACCUGCAGGAUCAGGUUUCUGUAUUUCGAAUGAAACUCUACAUAUAACAAAUGCCACAGAUGAGCAAGCCAAGAACAUUUUCAAAACUGUGGUUUCGGCCCCACCUCCUACUCCAGUGGCGUCACCUGUGGCAACACCGGCUCCUAUUGACGAGGCAACGAAACAACAAAUGGUCACAGCAAUGGCCGAACAAUCUAAUAUGAAUCUCGAGUGGUCUCGAAGAUGUUUGGAGGAAACCCAGUGGGAUUUUACACGAGCGUUGAGUGCGUUUGCAGGUGCACAAAAACAAGGACUAAUUCCGCCUGAAGCGUUCGUUAAAUAGUGUAAUAAAUUAAAUUAAGUCAUCAUGGGAACCUUUAAAUGUUGUUCGUUUUAUAAAAUAUGUAUUUGAUAAUGUUUAUCAUUACUUUUAUUCGCCUUUAUACUGUUUGUAAAUAAAAAAACAGAUUAUGUUUGUGAAUGAAUAAGUUAAUUUCAAUGAAACCAUGUAGUUAUUUUUUAUAAUAAAUAGUCCAUAAGAAA